UAUUUUGAGGCAGAGUUUUGCUCUUGUUGCCCCGGCAGGAGUGCAAUGGUGCGAUCUCAGCUCACUGCAAUCUCCACCUCUGCAGGAGAGCAGGAAUCUUCAGUGAUCCACGGGCAGAUCUGUAGCCAUUGUGGGCACCUGUUCUUCCCGUGACCUUUGUGCCCGGGUCGCAGCACGUGCUGAGAUCGCGCCAUUGCACUCCAGCCUGGGGGACAAGAGCGAAACUCCAUCUCAACGGAACCCUUAAGGUCGUUCUGUCACUGGGGCCAUUAUGAGCACACACACCCACUCCCUCAGGUUUAAAAGGCGCGUUGCCCGGCAACAGAAGGAACUGCUGGCUUAGCCUUUGGCCGAGUUGGCAGCUCCACGAGGACCCUCAGAGUCCAGCUCUCCAGCGUUCAAGCAUCCGACGGUUCCGAGUCCUCCCAGGAGCGGUUACCUGGGCACUCUGUGCCCCUCAUUCCUGUCAGGGCCCAGGCUGAGGACCUGCUAGUAGGGCUCAGUUGCCUGGAGUCCGUUCAGCCCAUCCCCCAGUUCACUUUGCUUGUGGGAUCUCCCCGUUUCUCCUGCCCCUGGACUGAGUGGCAGGCCAUCCCACAAGCACCCGGACACUUGGCAUCAGUGGUGUCAAGACAACUCUAAGAAGGUUUUCUGUGAUCCUGCAAGACCUGUGUUCCUUCCCGGUGAUUCUGCCUUCAAUUUGAUUGCACAGGUACCACAGCAAGCCAGUGCUGUGUGCGCCGAAUUCCAGGGCAUCCUCCAGCUCAGCCACUACACUGAGCACAAGGAAUCUCUGUGGGACCCAGGAACAGGUAGUCACCCCUUUGGGGCCCACAACACCCGGCUGUCCCCAGACUUGUGGCCAGGGAAGAUAGUAUUGAGGGCCCUCAAGGAGAGCGGGACAGGGAUGGCUGAGCAGGACAAGGACCCUAGAGUCCAAGAGAAUCCUGAUGAUCAGAGAAGGGUCCCCGAGGUCACCAGGGAUGCACGGUCUGCAUUUCGGCCCCUGUCGGACAACGGAGGCCUCUCUCCCUUUGUGCCCAGGCCCGGGCCUCUGCAGAGAGACCGCCAUGCCCAGAGGUCAGAAUUCAGAUAUAACCAGAGAUCCCAGACCUCCUGGACGAGCUCGUGCCCCGAACUAAAUUCCAUCUCGAGCUCCUACAGCUCUACAGGAGGCCUCCUGGGGCUAAAGCGGAGGUGGGGGCCAGCCUCAUCCCACUGCCAGCUGACCCGCAGUUCCUCAAAGACAGUGAGUGAGGACGGACCUCAGGCUGUCUCUUCUGGUCACACCCAGUGUGAAAAGACGGCAGAUAUAGCACCAGGGCAGACACUGGCCCUCAGGAAUGGCUCCCCCAGAUCCCAGGCCUCUAGGCCCCGUAAACGCAAGCUUCCCCUGCCGUCACGCAGGCAAGGGGAUCCUCUGAUGCUGCCACCUCCCUUAGUGCUGGGGUUCCAGGUCACUGCUGAAGACCUGGACCUGGAGAAGGAGGCGGCAUUCCAGCGCAUCAACAGUGAACUGCGGGCUGAGGCCAAAGCCAUCUCGGACUGUAGACCCUCACGGCCUUCCCACGCUUUGUCCUCACUUGCAACAGGGACUUCUGGUGUGCCUACCAUCUCUAAAGCACCCAGUAUGGAUGCACAGCAGGAGAGACACAAGUCCCAAGACUGCCUGGGCCCAGUGGCCCCCCUAGCUUCUGCUGCAGAGGUCCCCUCUACAGCUCCUGUGUCUGGGAAGAAGCACAGACCACCAGGCCCCCUGUUCUCCUCCUCAGAUCCCCUUCCUGCCACCUCUUCCCACUCCCGGGACUCAGCCCAGGUCACCUCGCUGAUUCCUGCCCCCUUCCCAGCUGCAAGCAUGGAUGCGGACAUCAGAAGAACAACGCCUGGCACUUCUGCUCCUGCAGCUGCCGCAGAAGCCCCUCCCCCCUCCACAUUGAACCCCACAUCGGGGUCACUACUGAAUGGAGUGGAUGGAGGCCCUUCACAUUUCUGGGCCACAGUCACAGCUGAAGCAGGUGCCCAGAGGUCAGAAGUCAGAUAUAACAAGAGAUCCCAGACCUCCUGGACGAGCUCGUGCCCCAAACAAAUUGCCACCUCGAGCUCCUACAGCUCUACGGGAGGCCUCCCUGGGCUAAAGCGGAGGUGGGGGCCAGCCUCAUCCCACUGCCAGCUGACCUGCAGUUCCUCAAAGACAGUGAGUGAGGACGGACCUCAGGCUGUCUCUUCGGGUCACACCCAGUGUGAAAAGACGGCAGAUAUAGCACCAGGGCAGACACUGGCCCUCAGGAAUGGCUCCCCCAGAUCCCAGGCCUCUAGGCCCCGUAAACGCAAGCUUCCCCUGCCGUCACGCAGGCAAGGGGAUCCUCUGAUGCUGCCACCUCCCUUAGUGCUGGGGUUCCAGGUCACUGCUGAAGACCUGGACCUGGAGAAGGAGGCGGCAUUCCAGCGCAUCAACAGUGAACUGCGGGCUGAGGCCAAAGCCAUCUCGGACUGUAGACCCUCACGGCCUUCCCACGCUUUGUCCUCACUUGCAACAGGGACUUCUGGUGUGCCUACCAUCUCUAAAGCACCCAGUAUGGAUGCACAGCAGGAGAGACACAAGUCCCAAGACUGCCUGGGCCCAGUGGCCCCCCUAGCUUCUGCUGCAGAGGUCCCCUCUACAGCUCCUGUGUCUGGGAAGAAGCACAGACCACCAGGCCCCCUGUUCUCCUCCUCAGAUCCCCUUCCUGCCACCUCUUCCCACUCCCGGGACUCAGCCCAGGUCACCUCGCUGAUUCCUGCCCCCUUCCCAGCUGCAAGCAUGGAUGCGGACAUCAGAAGAACAACGCCUGGCACUUCUGCUCCUGCAGCUGCCGCAGAAGCCCCUCCCCCCUCCACAUUGAACCCCACGUCGGGGUCACUACUGAAUGGAGUGGAUGGAGGCCCUUCACAUUUCUGGGCCACAGUCACAGCUGAAGCAGGUGCCCAGAGGUCAGAAGUCAGAUAUAACAAGAGAUCCCAGACCUCCUGGACGAGCUCGUGCCCCAAACAAAUUGCCACCUCGAGCUCCUACAGCUCUACGGGAGGCCUCCCUGGGCUAAAGCGGAGGUGGGGGCCAGCCUCAUCCCACUGCCAGCUGACCUGCAGUUCCUCAAAGACAGUGAGUGAGGACGGACCUCAGGCUGUCUCUUCGGGUCACACCCAGUGUGAAAAGACGGCAGAUAUAGCACCAGGGCAGACACUGGCCCUCAGGAAUGGCUCCCCCAGAUCCCAGGCCUCUAGGCCCCGUAAACGCAAGCUUCCCCUGCCGUCACGCAGGCAAGGGGAUCCUCUGAUGCUGCCACCUCCCUUAGUGCUGGGGUUCCAGGUCACUGCUGAAGACCUGGACCUGGAGAAGGAGGCGGCAUUCCAGCGCAUCAACAGUGAACUGCGGGCUGAGGCCAAAGCCAUCUCGGACUGUAGACCCUCACGGCCUUCCCACGCUUUGUCCUCACUUGCAACAGGGACUUCUGGUGUGCCUACCAUCUCUAAAGCACCCAGUAUGGAUGCACAGCAGGAGAGACACAAGUCCCAAGACUGCCUGGGCCCAGUGGCCCCCCUAGCUUCUGCUGCAGAGGUCCCCUCUACAGCUCCUGUGUCUGGGAAGAAGCACAGACCACCAGGCCCCCUGUUCUCCUCCUCAGAUCCCCUUCCUGCCACCUCUUCCCACUCCCGGGACUCAGCCCAGGUCACCUCGCUGAUUCCUGCCCCCUUCCCAGCUGCAAGCAUGGAUGCGGACAUCAGAAGAACAACGCCUGGCACUUCUGCUCCUGCAGCUGCCGCAGAAGCCCCUCCCCCCUCCACAUUGAACCCCACGUCGGGGUCACUACUGAAUGGAGUGGAUGGAGGCCCUUCACAUUUCUGGGCCACAGUCACAGCUGAAGCAGGUGCCCAGAGGUCAGAAGUCAGAUAUAACAAGAGAUCCCAGACCUCCUGGACGAGCUCGUGCCCCAAACAAAUUGCCACCUCGAGCUCCUACAGCUCUACGGGAGGCCUCCCUGGGCUAAAGCGGAGGUGGGGGCCAGCCUCAUCCCACUGCCAGCUGACCUGCAGUUCCUCAAAGACAGUGAGUGAGGACGGACCUCAGGCUGUCUCUUCGGGUCACACCCAGUGUGAAAAGACGGCAGAUAUAGCACCAGGGCAGACACUGGCCCUCAGGAAUGGCUCCCCCAGAUCCCAGGCCUCUAGGCCCCGUAAACGCAAGCUUCCCCUGCCGUCACGCAGGCAAGGGGAUCCUCUGAUGCUGCCACCUCCCUUAGUGCUGGGGUUCCAGGUCACUGCUGAAGACCUGGACCUGGAGAAGGAGGCGGCAUUCCAGCGCAUCAACAGUGAACUGCGGGCUGAGGCCAAAGCCAUCUCGGACUGUAGACCCUCACGGCCUUCCCACGCUUUGUCCUCACUUGCAACAGGGACUUCUGGUGUGCCUACCAUCUCUAAAGCACCCAGUAUGGAUGCACAGCAGGAGAGACACAAGUCCCAAGACUGCCUGGGCCCAGUGGCCCCCCUAGCUUCUGCUGCAGAGGUCCCCUCUACAGCUCCUGUGUCUGGGAAGAAGCACAGACCACCAGGCCCCCUGUUCUCCUCCUCAGAUCCCCUUCCUGCCACCUCUUCCCACUCCCGGGACUCAGCCCAGGUCACCUCGCUGAUUCCUGCCCCCUUCCCAGCUGCAAGCAUGGAUGCGGACAUCAGAAGAACAACGCCUGGCACUUCUGCUCCUGCAGCUGCCGCAGAAGCCCCUCCCCCCUCCACAUUGAACCCCACGUCGGGGUCACUACUGAAUGGAGUGGAUGGAGGCCCUUCACAUUUCUGGGCCACAGUCACAGCUGAAGCAGGUGCCCAGAGGUCAGAAGUCAGAUAUAACAAGAGAUCCCAGACCUCCUGGACGAGCUCGUGCCCCAAACAAAUUGCCACCUCGAGCUCCUACAGCUCUACGGGAGGCCUCCCUGGGCUAAAGCGGAGGUGGGGGCCAGCCUCAUCCCACUGCCAGCUGACCUGCAGUUCCUCAAAGACAGUGAGUGAGGACGGACCUCAGGCUGUCUCUUCGGGUCACACCCAGUGUGAAAAGACGGCAGAUAUAGCACCAGGGCAGACACUGGCCCUCAGGAAUGGCUCCCCCAGAUCCCAGGCCUCUAGGCCCCGUAAACGCAAGCUUCCCCUGCCGUCACGCAGGCAAGGGGAUCCUCUGAUGCUGCCACCUCCCUUAGAGCUGGGGUUCCGGGUCACUGCCGAAGACCUGGACCUGGAGAAGGAGGCGGCAUUCCAGCGCAUCAACAGUGAACUGCGGGCUGAGACCAGGGCCAUCUCGGACUGUAGACCCUCACGGCCUUCCCACACUUUGUCCUCACUUGCAACAGGGGCUUCUGGUCUGCCUGCCAUCUCUAAAGCACCCAGUAUGGAUGCACAGCAGGAGAGACACAAGUCCCAAGACUGCCUGGGCCCAGUGGCCCCCCUAGCUUCUGCUGCAGAGGUCCUCUCUACAGCUCCUGUGUCUGGGAAGAAGCACAGACCACCAGGCCCCCUUUUCUCCUCCUCAGAUACCUGUCCUGCCACCUCUUCCCACUCCCGGGACUCAGCCCAGGUCACCUCGCUGAUUCCUGCCCCCUUCCCAGCUGCAAGCAUGGAUGCGGGCAUCAGAAGAACAAGGCCUGGCACUUCUGCUCCUGCAGCUGCCACAGCAGCCCCUCCCCCCUCCACAUUGAACCCCACGUCGGGGUCACUACUGAAUGGAGUGGAUGGAGGCCCUUCACAUUUCUGGGCCUCAGCCGCAGCUGAAGCAGGUGCCCAGAGGUCAGAAGUCAGAUAUAACAAGAGAUCCCAGACCUCCUGGACGAGCUCGUGCACCACACGAAAUGCCAUCUCGAGUUCCUACAGCUCUACGGGAGGUCUCCCGGGGCUAAAGCAGAAGAGGGGGCCAGCUUCAUCCCACUGCCAGCUAACCCUCAGUUCCUCAAAGACAGUGAGUGAGGACGGACCUCAGGCUGUCUCUUCGGGUCACACCCGGUGUGAAAAGGCGGCAGAUAUAGCACCAGGGCAGACACUCGCCCCCAGGAAUGGCUCCCCCAGAUCCCAGGCCUCUAGGCCCCGUAGACGCAAUGAACUGCGGGCUGAGGCCAAAGCCAUCUCGGACUGUAGACCCUCACGGCCUUCCCACGCUUUGUCCUCACUUGCAACAGGGACUUCUGGUGUGCCUACCAUCUCUAAAGCACCCAGUAUGGAUGCACAGCAGGAGAGACACAAGUCCCAAGACUGCCUGGGCCCAGUGGCCCCCCUAGCUUCUGCUGCAGAGGUCCCCUCUACAGCUCCUGUGUCUGGGAAGAAGCACAGACCACCAGGCCCCCUGUUCUCCUCCUCAGAUCCCCUUCCUGCCACCUCUUCCCACUCCCGGGACUCAGCCCAGGUCACCUCGCUGAUUCCUGCCCCCUUCCCAGCUGCAAGCAUGGAUGCGGACAUCAGAAGAACAACGCCUGGCACUUCUGCUCCUGCAGCUGCCGCAGAAGCCCCUCCCCCCUCCACAUUGAACCCCACGUCGGGGUCACUACUGAAUGGAGUGGAUGGAGGCCCUUCACAUUUCUGGGCCACAGUCACAGCUGAAGCAGGUGCCCAGAGGUCAGAAGUCAGAUAUAACAAGAGAUCCCAGACCUCCUGGACGAGCUCGUGCCCCAAACAAAUUGCCACCUCGAGCUCCUACAGCUCUACGGGAGGCCUCCCUGGGCUAAAGCGGAGGUGGGGGCCAGCCUCAUCCCACUGCCAGCUGACCUGCAGUUCCUCAAAGACAGUGAGUGAGGACGGACCUCAGGCUGUCUCUUCGGGUCACACCCAGUGUGAAAAGACGGCAGAUAUAGCACCAGGGCAGACACUGGCCCUCAGGAAUGGCUCCCCCAGAUCCCAGGCCUCUAGGCCCCGUAAACGCAAGCUUCCCCUGCCGUCACGCAGGCAAGGGGAUCCUCUGAUGCUGCCACCUCCCUUAGUGCUGGGGUUCCAGGUCACUGCUGAAGACCUGGACCUGGAGAAGGAGGCGGCAUUCCAGCGCAUCAACAGUGAACUGCGGGCUGAGGCCAAAGCCAUCUCGGACUGUAGACCCUCACGGCCUUCCCACGCUUUGUCCUCACUUGCAACAGGGACUUCUGGUGUGCCUACCAUCUCUAAAGCACCCAGUAUGGAUGCACAGCAGGAGAGACACAAGUCCCAAGACUGCCUGGGCCCAGUGGCCCCCCUAGCUUCUGCUGCAGAGGUCCCCUCUACAGCUCCUGUGUCUGGGAAGAAGCACAGACCACCAGGCCCCCUGUUCUCCUCCUCAGAUCCCCUUCCUGCCACCUCUUCCCACUCCCGGGACUCAGCCCAGGUCACCUCGCUGAUUCCUGCCCCCUUCCCAGCUGCAAGCAUGGAUGCGGACAUCAGAAGAACAACGCCUGGCACUUCUGCUCCUGCAGCUGCCGCAGAAGCCCCUCCCCCCUCCACAUUGAACCCCACGUCGGGGUCACUACUGAAUGGAGUGGAUGGAGGCCCUUCACAUUUCUGGGCCACAGUCACAGCUGAAGCAGGUGCCCAGAGGUCAGAAGUCAGAUAUAACAAGAGAUCCCAGACCUCCUGGACGAGCUCGUGCCCCAAACAAAUUGCCACCUCGAGCUCCUACAGCUCUACGGGAGGCCUCCCUGGGCUAAAGCGGAGGUGGGGGCCAGCCUCAUCCCACUGCCAGCUGACCUGCAGUUCCUCAAAGACAGUGAGUGAGGACGGACCUCAGGCUGUCUCUUCGGGUCACACCCAGUGUGAAAAGACGGCAGAUAUAGCACCAGGGCAGACACUGGCCCUCAGGAAUGGCUCCCCCAGAUCCCAGGCCUCUAGGCCCCGUAAACGCAAGCUUCCCCUGCCGUCACGCAGGCAAGGGGAUCCUCUGAUGCUGCCACCUCCCUUAGAGCUGGGGUUCCGGGUCACUGCCGAAGACCUGGACCUGGAGAAGGAGGCGGCAUUCCAGCGCAUCAACAGUGAACUGCGGGCUGAGACCAGGGCCAUCUCGGACUGUAGACCCUCACGGCCUUCCCACACUUUGUCCUCACUUGCAACAGGGGCUUCUGGUCUGCCUGCCAUCUCUAAAGCACCCAGUAUGGAUGCACAGCAGGAGAGACACAAGUCCCAAGACUGCCUGGGCCCAGUGGCCCCCCUAGCUUCUGCUGCAGAGGUCCUCUCUACAGCUCCUGUGUCUGGGAAGAAGCACAGACCACCAGGCCCCCUUUUCUCCUCCUCAGAUACCUGUCCUGCCACCUCUUCCCACUCCCGGGACUCAGCCCAGGUGACCUCGCUGAUUCCUGCCCCCUUCCCAGCUGCAAGCAUGGAUGCGGGCAUCAGAAGAACAAGGCCUGGCACUUCUGCUCCUGCAGCUGCCACAGCAGCCCCUCCCCCCUCCACAUUGAACCCCACGUCGGGGUCACUACUGAAUGGAGUGGAUGGAGGCCCUUCACAUUUCUGGGCCUCAGCCGCAGCUGAAGCAGGUGCCCAGAGGUCAGAAGUCAGAUAUAACAAGAGAUCCCAGACCUCCUGGACGAGCUCGUGCACCACACGAAAUGCCAUCUCGAGUUCCUACAGCUCUACGGGAGGUCUCCCGGGGCUAAAGCAGAAGAGGGGGCCAGCUUCAUCCCACUGCCAGCUAACCCUCAGUUCCUCAAAGACAGUGAGUGAGGACGGACCUCAGGCUGUCUCUUCGGGUCACACCCGGUGUGAAAAGGCGGCAGAUAUAGCACCAGGGCAGACACUCGCCCCCAGGAAUGGCUCCCCCAGAUCCCAGGCCUCUAGGCCCCGUAGACGCAAGUUUCCCCUGCUGCCACGCAGGCGAGGGGAGCCUUUGAUGCUGCCACCUCCCUUAGAGCUGGGGUUCCGGGUCACUGCUGAAGACCUGGACCUGGAGAAGGAGGCGGCAUUCCAGCGCAUCAACAGUGAACUGCAGGCUGAGGCCAAGGCCAUCUCGGACUGCACACAGCCCUGCCAUUUUCAGAUGGAGGCAGUGGCCGGAAUGAAUGAACGGCAACAAUUGCUGGCAACCGGCAGAAGCUGAGAGACAGGGAACGGGCUCUUCUCCAGAGCCUCCAGGAGCCAGGCCUUUGAAUACCUCGAAUGUGGGCUUCUGGGAGACCAUGUGUUUCUGUUAUAAGCAGCCCAGUCUCUGGCAGUUUUUACGGCUGCCCCUGGAUGCUCAUCUACACCUGUCUGACAAGGUCAAGCUCCAAGGAAGGGAUUCUCUGCAUAUCUACAUUGUUUGCAGAUUUUACGAUAAUCAUU